AUGACUACCGAAUUCCGCAUGCCCAUUCACCAGGGACCGCCUGCCCGGAAACCAAUACCCAACCAACAAACUGGUUAUCCUUACCAGGCCUAUGAUGCUCCGCGCAACCUCGCGCCUCAUUCCGCCUACCCACAAGUCAUCCACAGCCGGACUCGUACCACUUCGUCUAAUGUGCUCCCCGCACACGCCUCGAGUUCCCAACAACACCAAGGUAUUCCCGGCUCUGUCUCGCCGCAUACAAUGGCGCCCCUCGCCGGAUUCCCAUCAUCCCGCCGCAUGUCUAGCACAACCACCUCAACCAACUCGACCGGCCACAUGGCCCAAGGAGGACCGGAUAUCCGACGGAGCGCUUCGAACCGCUCGGCUGGCUCCCAACUGGGAUAUGUCGCUCUCAUGAGGCGGCAAAAGGCCACGGUGUGGUGCGAUCGAGCACAGCCCGAGGAUGCCCGAAUGCGGGAGCAGGCUCUGCGGGAUAAGAAGAGAGCGUACCUCGAGGUUCAUGGCGCUGGGCGCUCAUCAACCCUUGCAAGUGGCAAGAUUCGACAUGGAACCAAGGCUGGGAUGGACUUCUCCCCGUCAAAUCUGGUUGGUGCCAAGGUGCCGGUUCGCCUGAGUGCCAAUGAGAUCGGCGAGGACGAUGAGGAUUCCCGCAGCACUGAGGACCGAGGCAUGCACCGGAGAACGGGCAGCGGCCGCAGCUCUCUGGGAAGCAACCGAUAUCCUAGUGGUUAUCAGCGCCAGCCGGGCACCAUGGGAAGCAACAACACACCUCCAAAUGAGAAGUCUGAUCUUCCCGGUGUCUCUGAGAAUACACCAGCUGAGAAACAUGAAGAGGAGAAGAGUCGACUGUCAUCACUCAAAGAUGAUGCUGCUACAUCACACACGACGAAUAGCAGCGAGCAAGAUGACUUUGUACCAGACAUGGAAGCCCCAAGUUCAGUCACAACCGCUGCCCAAAAGGCCAAGAAGGCAGAUGACCUACGGCGACGAGGCAGUGUUGAUGAUCGCACUACAUCUAUGACCAAUGUGCGGCUAUUCGUCGCAAAUCCAGAUCUGAGCGACUAA